CGGAGGUAUGCAGAGUUCAGCGCGGCCCGUAGUGGGGAUCAGUGAAAGUUUCCCAGACGAGAGGGUGACACGGCUGCUUGCGCAGCUGCUGGAUGAGGUGGAAUGCUUUGUUUUGCGAAUGGCGGCAAUCUUUCCUCAACGUAAGGAGCAGCUCAUCUUCCUCAUCAACAACUACGACAUGGUCUUGUCCAUCCUUAUUGAGAGGACGCGAGAUAGCUCGAAGGAGAUGGACAGCUUCCGAGAACAGCUGAACAGCCGGAGUACAGAGUACGUCGAGGAAAUUCUCAGUCCGUACUUUGGAGGAGUUAUGCAGUUUGUGAAGGAGGGAGAAUCUCUCGUGGAAAAGGGUCAGGGUGACCAGUUAAAGAAACAAGAAAGUAAAUCACUGGCACUAGUCCAGUCGUUCUCCAGCACCUGGAAGAAGUCACUGGAGACACUCCAGGAGGAGGUGUUGAAGUCGUUCCCCAGCCUGGUGACCGGUUCUACACUGCUGCAGCUAGCACUGACUCAGCUGGUCCAGUACUACAACCGGUUCAGCAAGUUGCUCACGCCCAACGCCAAGGCACAGCUCACCAACAUCCACCACAUCAUGGUGGAGAUCAAGAAGUACAAGACCAACUUCUAGCAUCCGGCGUCUGCCACGGUGUAGCACGCUGUGUACAGUGACUGUGAUUGUAAAGUGGAAGAUGAUAUUGUACAUUCCUGUAACGUCACUCGGUACCUAUUACAUCAUGAGGUGUACAAAAUGAAUGAACACGGCUCACGUUCUAUAAUAUACUAAAAUAUUCGAUACUGUAAAUAUAUUUAACUGGUAUUUAUAGACAGAUCAAUAAAAUAUGAAUUCAUACGCAAAGAAAGAAUGUUCCGUUAAAUAAGUUUAAAUUAACAGGGCUAAAAGACAAGGAUUUUAUUGGUAACUACCUUUUAGGGUUCACUGAUUUAAAAGAACACAAAGACACGUGAAGGUACACAUAUUUCGGAAUUUUCGACAGGACUGAAACUUUUCUCAACGAGUAGGGAGCAUUUUUAGUUGUCUGCCCAGUUGUCAAUGUGGGAAGCAGGGUUUCCAUUUAACGUUUUUCUAGACACUUUUGUAUAGGUACUAUUUUGUUCAACAACGGAAACUGUAAAGUCAAGAAUUAUUGCUCUUAUAGGGUCCACUACUUCCCAUAUUGACUGUGCAAACCAAAGUGGACAGACAACCAGAAUGCUCUCUACUGGUUAAGAUUUCAGUCCACUCAAAAAUCAUUUUUAAACAUGUGCACUUUCAUGUGUUCUUUCAAAUCAGUGGACCCUAAAAAAAUACAAAAGGCAGUGAAAAAUAUCGAGCUUUUACAAUUUUGUGAGCAUUCAUGUUCAAUAUAACUUUGAGUAAUAUUUAUUGAUCAUGUCUACACCCUCGUCUGAAAUAAGAAUAACAAAAACGUGAAGCGAAAACAAUACAAGGUGAUGUUCAUAUUUGUAAUAUUGAUUUUUAACUCACAUUAGUGAUUGGCUGAUGUGCUUCUUUAUGUUGAUCUACCUAGUGAAUAUUCUUAUUGUUACACGUUCAAGAGUUCAUUAGAUUUUAUUUAUAAAUGUUCUUUUUUAUGUAUUUCCUCAUUGUUGAUUGUCUGCAAACUAAAGUCAUCUUAAACUAAUUAAAUAUACAAAAAUAA